GCACCAAAGGUCCAAAAUCAAGGUUUUCAUGGGUUUUUAGUCCAUUCCGUCAUUAACCGUUUGUUUGGGGCCGUUAGUGCCUUCACGUGCCCUCCAUGUGAGGGCAUUUUGGUCAUUUUAGGUCCUAGCCUCCGUUGCCGCCACUUCAAUUAAUUAGAUUGCAGACUGUACUCACUCCUUCGUCUUCUACUCAUACCUCUUGAUUCAAACGCAAAAACCCUAACGAUCGUCUGAAAAUUGGAUUGUGUUCCUGCUUUUGAAAAUGUGGGGACUUAGAAAUGUUGGAGAGAUUGUCAACGUUCAAGAAGUUUAUGCUGGUUACCCCAACAUAUUCUCUAUUGAACUUCAUCACGGAGGGAGUUUCACAAAGUUUCCAAAUAUCAGACUUGAUGAUGAGAGAAUUAGGGUAUGAUGGUACUGAAAUCAUGUAUUACCAUUUCCGUUUGCCUAAUGAAGGAUUUGACUUUGGACUCCGAGCAUUAGGUAACGAUGAUGAUGUGCGUAAUAUCUCACGGUAUGUUACCCAUAAUAACAAAAUGAUUAAAGUGUACACAGAGCAUGGUCAAACGAACUUGCUUACAUAUUUUAUGUCCCCAACUGGUCCAAGAAGGGUUAUAAUAGAAGACAUGGAGAAGCAGGAUUCCAUUAGACCCUCAUCACCUGUAGUUGCUCAUGAAGUGGUAACUCCAAUCCAAAUUGAUGUUGGUGAGGGUGAUUUAGGGUUAGCAUUAACCUUAUACAAAUCAGCAACACCUGAAUUUAGUAGGUCUAAAGGUUGGAAACAUAGUAAAGGGGCAUCGUCUUGUAGUACAAAGCUUAACUUGGAUUGGGAAGGUGCUGAAAAAACAAUGGCAAGUGGUGAAGUUGAUAAGGGUAAGGGUGUAGAAGGAUUUGUAGAUGAAUUUGUUGUAGUUGAUGCAGAAAAAGAGUUAAACAAAGAGAUUGAUGUGAAUGAAGAACUUGAUGUGAACAAAUCCAAUGGUGAGGGUGUAGAAGGAUUUGCAGAUGAGGGGUAUAGAGUUGUCAUGGAUAAUGAUCCUUAA